AUGGCGUUCCACAAGUCGUUUGUGCUUUUGCUGUGCACGUUCCUCGGGCUCGUGUGCGGCACCCUCUACCUCUACCUGCUGUUUGGCCCCCAGCUCGCCCAGCGGUUAGACUACCUGGCGACCGAUCUGAGCCAGCUAGCGCUCUGUGGCCUGGUGGGCGUGGCUCUCGCCGGUCCUGGCGCCGGUAAGAUCGUGGACUCACGAGGGUUCCUGCUUGCCAUCGCCGUCGGGGCAGUGGUGAUCGCAUUGGCCUACCAAGGGCUCCGCUACCAGUACCUCGUCGGCGAAGCAGCAGCACUGGUGCCAGUACUGAUGGCACUCAUGUUCUUGAUCGGAGGAGGGCUGACGUUCAUCAAUCUGGCCACGAUUAAGUGCUGUGCGGUGUGUUUCCCGUCAAUUCGUGGUGUCGCUACCCUGCUCCCCUUAGCUCUAUACGGGCUUCUGGCGAUGGUAUUCAGUCAAAUGGCGCUGGUGGUGUGUCCCGGCGACACCGCCAAGUUCCUUGGCUUUCUUGCUAUUCUGGUGGUGGCAAUCACGGCGAUGUGCUUGCCGCUGAUCUGGUUUGUCGACCGUAUUGGCGUCGACGCUGUUGUCGGUACCGCCAAGACGACCACGGAAACUCCUCAUGUAACCAGCGAUAAAGAGAAACUGGCCACCACCAAAGCCUACGCCGCUAAGCUUGAACAACCGUCGCUAGUGUCGUCGCCUCAAUUCUGGGUGUUUUUCAUCGUCCUCGGCCUCGGCGCCGCCUUGGGACAAAUGUACAUUUACCUGGUGGGCUACAUGGCCAAAGCAUUGCUUCCUAAAGGCACCUCAGAGAAGAUAGCUGCCAAAACGCAACAGGGCCAAGUGCUGAUUAUUCUGGUGGCCAACUGCAUUGGCCGCAUCGUUGCUGGCUUACUAGGGGACUACGUGGUGCUGCGUAAAGUGCCUCGGAGUCUGCUAUUACUUAUCCCCACUCUGGGACUUGUUUUCAGCCAGUUGCUUGGUCUUACCAUCAGUGACGCCUCCCAAUUAAUGGUGGCGCUGUGGCUUAACGGCUUCAGCUAUGGCUUCCUCUUCUGCGCCAUGCCCGCAGUGGUAGCCGAUGUGUUCGGCUUGGAAAAGUUUAGUUAUAACUGGGGGGUGAUCAACUUAUCGCCGAUCGUGCCCCUGUACUUGUUGACUCUGUGGUUUGGCAAAGUGUACGAUGCCAACUCCGAGGUGGUGGUGAUGUCGCUGGCAGACGCCGCCACCGCGGCGCUGGUGGUGACCAAGACCCACCAGUGUCUCCACGGCGCCGGGUGCUACGCCCAGGUGUUCCGCCUCACCCUGUGGGUGGCGGUAUUGCUGGUGCUUGUGGUGUUGUUUUACUUCAGCCGGCGCCGGUGGCACGCCGCCCCCGUGGCCUAA